AUGGAGAGUACUUCAAAAUGGUUCAGUUGCAAAAGCAAUUCUAGCCAUCAGAUUGAAGGAAAAAAUCACCACAAGAUGAGUAUCCCUCCAACCCCAUUGAGUGUGAGGUCAAGUGCACAAAACACUCCAGCUUUACACCCAUUUAGCCCAGCAUUUUCAAGGAGUACACCCUACUCCUACUCAGCUCCGUACUCAAUUCCAUACGAGGGCACAUACGAUAGUGAUGAUGAAGAUUUUAAUGGUCCAUCUCAUCCUGCUCCAUCACAGUGGCAUUUACUGAGCAUGAACACACCUGAAUGGGGAAAGAGCUUUGUUAGUGUGCUUAGGAGCAAUAGGCUCGGGAUCUGUUCACCAAUUAAUGCGUAUUGUGUGGGAGCACUUAUAGCGGUUUACUUCAGGACAGAUAAAUCGUCCAUCGCAUCUCAUGCAAGAGGACAUUCUCUCGUUUGUUCAAUAUCUCCGGAGCAACUUUUCCAAGCCUUUCUAGCACUUCUAUUUACUGCAUAUACCAUUGCAGAAGCUGGAAGCAUGACAAAAGAUUUGUCAAGAGGAAGUAAUGCUGUUCGUUCAGUUUUUGCAAUCCUUGACAGAAAGAGUGAGAUUGAUCCAGAGAACUCAUGGCAAAUUGAUGCAAUGGAGAAUGAUAUUAAGGGCCGUGUGGAGCUAAGAAAUGUGUUCAUUGCUUUUCCAUCAAGACCUGACCAGUUGAUACUAAAGGGCCUCAACCUUAAAAUCGGAGCAGGAACCACUUUUGCAUUAGUUGACCAGAGUGGUUCAGGGAAUCAGCAACUAUUGGACUCAUUGAAAGAUUUUACGAUCCAAUUAAGGGAUCAGUGUUUAUUGAUGAUAAGGACAUAA